UCACGUGUGGGGGAGCUUGGGCCUCCUGUCUUCCGCAACGGUUUCAGUGGGCUGUGGAGUCAGGCAGCCUUCCCUGCGCGUCAAACGGGAGCUCGCCGCCUUGUCCCUCGCCUGUGGUUCUUCAAUGCGAAAGGCAGCUCUAGCCUCGUCAUCAGCUCCCGUCAACUACUUCAAACCAUCAGCAACCGAACUCAACUCCCAUAGUCGAAGAAGUGCGCUCCAGGUAAACUCUACGCAUUUCGACCACGACUUUGGUGACAAGAUCCCGACGUGAUAAUUCACCUGCUCGCUCCCGUAGCGACCCUGUCCAACAAUGCCCGGCUUCGACUUCUCAAACUACAACCGCAAUGCGGCGCUGCACGCCCGCGGCGUGCCGCUGCCCAAGGCGACCAGCACAGGCACGACCAUUGUUGGGUGCAUAUAUGAUGGCGGUGUGGUGAUCGCCGCUGACACACGAGCAACCUCGGGCCCGAUCGUCGCCGACAAGAACUGCGAGAAACUACAUUACAUUGCACCCAACAUCUGGUGCGCGGGCGCCGGCACGGCCGCCGACACCGAGUUCACCACCGCGCUGAUCAGCUCGCAACUCGAACUGCACUCCCUCUCCACCGGCCGCAAACCGCGCGUGGUGACCUGCAUGACCAUGCUCAAGCAGCACCUAUUUCGGUACCAAGGCUACAUCGGGGCAUACCUGGUCGUCGCAGGCGUCGACCCGACAGGGACGCAUCUCUUCACAGUGCAUGCGCACGGAUCAACGGACAAGCUGCCCUACGUGACGAUGGGCUCCGGUUCGCUGGCGGCCAUGUCCGUGUUCGAGACACAGUGGAAGCCCUCGCUGACGCGGGACGAGGCGGUCAAGUUGUGCGCGGACGCGAUCGAGGCAGGCAUUUGGAACGACCUGGGGUCCGGCAGCAACGUGGACGUGGCCGUCAUCACACCUGACAAGACGACGCUCAUGCGCAACUACAUCCGCCCCAACGAGCGGACGCAGAAGCUUGGGAGUUACAAAUUUGACAAAGGCACCACCGCCGUGCUCAACGAGAAGAUCAUCCUCAAGGGCGACCUUGGCAAGUUUGUCGACGUGCAAGUCUUGGCAGAAGAGAGCGGUGAUAAGAUGGAGGUGGACACCUAGUGGUGCUGUAGCCGGUGCAAUUGGCUCAGGGAGUUGGGCGAUCCAGCUUAGACGAGUUCAUAUACAGAUAGCGGGAAAUCAUGAAAGCAGGGAGCUAAUCGGUACCCCUAGAGAUGACUUGCCAUUUAUUGCUAGAGUGAAUGCGUCUUGCUAAGGGUGGUAAAGUGCCCUCCAAAGGAGAUCAGUCUCCAUAGAUCCAUAUCUAGGACCGAAGUAUCCAAUCUAACCCUAGUUCGUUUAUUAGUGCGGA